AUGGAGUUCCUCAGACUCCAACAGGGAACCAUAACCCUCGUGGAAUAUGAACGCAAAUUUGAGAAAUUAUCAAGAUUUGCUCCACAUCUAGUGAAUACGGAAGAAAAGCUGGCUAGAAGGUUCGAGCGUGGGCUUCAACCUUAUAUUCGUGAUAUAGUACAGAAUAACGGUAAAAGAAAAGGGAAUAAUGCACCAAAGAAAGGAAAGACAGAGAUAGUAGGAGUUGGUGGUGAUAAGCGUUGUCCUAAGUGCGAUAGACCUCACAAUGGAAAAUGUCUAUUGGAAAAAAAUGUUUGUUUCAAGCGUGGGAAAUCAGGACAUUUUGCUAAAGAAUGCCUCCAAAAUCAGACACAGAAGGCUGGAGAUGACAAGAAAGGAAAAGCAAGAGUUUUCUCUUUAUCCGGGCAAGAAGCAGAGCGAGACCCUAAUGUCCUCGCAUGUAUCGUCUCUGUUUCCAAUAUGCCUGCAUUCAUGAGAAUUGAUGGUAGAUGUAUAGCGGUAGAUCUAAUUAUGUUAACGAUGAAAGACUUUGAUGUUAUCCUUGGUAUGGACUGGUUGUCUAAAAAUAAUGCAACUAUUCAAUGUACUGAGAGAAUGGUGAUUUUUCGAAGACUGGGCGAGAAAGAGUUUCGCUUUGUGGGAACUGAGGCAAAUACCUUGUCUCCUAUAGUGUCAACAACUCAGGUUGAAAGGACGCCAAAAAAGGAAUUAGGUCAAAGAUUUCUAGUAUCGAUGACCAACAUUAAACAAGAUAAGUUGUCAGCUGAGGAUGUUCGAAUAGUUCAGCAUUAUAAAGAUGUUUUUCCAGAAGAUCUUCUAGGUGUACCACCAGACAGGCAAGUAGAGUUUACCAUCGACUUAGUACUAGGAGCAGCACCUAUUUUAAAGGCUCCAUAUCGUAUGGCACCGUUGGAACUGCAAGAGUUGAAGUUUGCAAGGAGCCAUGGGAAGCAAGUUAAAGUUCAGCACAGAUUUUCAUCCUCAAAGCGAUGGACAAUCGGAGUGGACUAUACAGACUCUGGAGGAUAUGCUGCGUGCCCGUGUCCUUGA